AUGAUACUCUAUGAAAUCGAUCCACGGACGAAUCACGAGAUUAACAACGUACUCGGAAACUUUGCAUUAGUGUCAAUUGAUUUGCUUGAUACGUUUGUUGUCUUUCAAGAUCUCGAUGCAUCUUCAAAAGCAACACAACAAAUCAUUGAAACUGUACCUAACUGCGAUAUCGAUUCAUGUGUACAAUCUUUUGAACCAACGAGUCGAGUCUUGGGUGGACUUUUAGGUGGUCCUUUCUUUGCUUCAGAUCAUGAAAACAGUUGA